CAGUUCUUCACAAUCUACAUUGCUAACUUUGAAGAUGGCAAAAGGAGUAACACUUGCAAUUAUUUUUGCUUUAAUUUUUGGAGCUGCUGGUCAAUCACAAGUUCGUAUUGCUCGGGCGUGUGAAAACAGCGAUCUAAAAAUUGAUUGCAACGGCCACGGAACAAUUGAAAUAGUCAGUGCAAAUUACGGUAGAACAUUGUCUGGUGUUUGUCCUGGUGCACAAGACACAAAUAUAAAUUGUAACAACCAGAAAAUAUCAGUUGAGAUUGUUAACAAAAGUUGUGCAACAAAAACUUCGUGCGUUGUUCAUGCUUCCAAUGGAGUUUUUGGUGAUCCAUGCGUAGGAACUUACAAGUACCUCGAAGUGCAAUAUCGUUGUAGAAGACACGAUGUUUAUUAUGCAUGAGUAAAAAAACUGUAAAGUUAAUUAUUGUAUCAUUAAUAAAAUAUCAGUUUCAAAAUAAAA